UAUAUAAAUAUUAAACCUGGAGCCAUCGUGCAUGUUGCAAUUUAUUCAAUAAUCGCGAUUGAUAUAUCGCGUAGCUCCUGAUGAUGAACGCCAGGCUGGUGGUGCUCGCGGCCGCCGUGGCGGCGGCGGCGGCGGCGCUGUUCGUGUCGCUCGACGACUCCCGGGGCGGCGACGUGCGGACGCUGGAGAUAGGCGAGCGCGACGUCGAGCUGAUCGCCGUCGACGGCGGCGCGGCUGGGCCGGAGAGCGUGGCGUUCGACGCCGCCGGCGAGGGGCCAUACACGGGCGUGUCGGACGGGAGGGUGCUCAAGUGGCUUCCGCUACAGCGACGCUGGGUCGAGCACUCAUCUGCCUCCAACGAACCGCAACGGGUCACCGUCGUGUGUAGCUUUCUUUCCUUUUCCAACAGUCCAACACACCUAUGGCAGAUUCUUGAUUAGCUUACCGACCACCAAGUGCCAAGAAAGAUGAAUACAUUCUGAAUCUAACUGGUGAUCGAUCUUAUCUUCCUAGAUUCCAAUCGACUGAAAACUUGCUUAUUGCCUCAUCUACCAUGUACUGUACCAUUUACACUGGUAAAGGAAUAAAAUUAAGAGCUCAGCUCCUUGGGGACCAUAUGCCAACAUAUUGGAUCGCAUUCCAUAACGUUACGAAGUAACUGCACCAUUUGGAUUUAACAAGUGCAACUGAGUUCUGUUGC